AUGGUUAUCCCCUUGGAGCUCUCGGACCGUGACUUGCUGGGGAAGUCCGUCAACACCUCUCUCGUUAGUAAGAUUGUGAGCCAAGCUCCUGACACCCAUCGGUGUCGAUGUUGUGUUGUGUUACGUGAAUGGCCCAAAACUGAAUCGGAGAAUUGUUACGGAAAGAAUCCGUUGGAAUCUAAAGAGUUGUCUCGAACCUGGGCUGUAAUAGGAGGUGAUGAUACAAAGAUUGACGGUUGGGCAAGCUUUAUUCCAACCAUGUCUAUUGGGAGCUCUGGAAACAUUGGAGUGACACCUGAUGCAACUUAA